UUACUCUUUCGCCCAAUAUUUACACGAUUUACUGCACACUUUACCUUGAGGUGUUCUGUGAUUCUGCGUCCUUCUUUGCUUCAGUUAUAACAAAAAUGAAACUCGUCACGCUUCAGCGUGUGUCGGAAUCCUGCUGUGCCCGGCGCGAAGCGGCCGUUCAAUGAUGUCGGCGACGAGCUUAUUUUGUUAACGCGGACCAAUGGUUGGAGUCAUGCGUGAGCCUGAGCUGGACGAUGACUCCAGUCAUCUACCGGACUGGAAGUUGCCGCUGGCAUUCAGCGAUGCUCGACACGGGUCUGAGCCCUGCGAAAGCAUCCCUACACAGACGUGGCGGAUGAAAGAGCGGAUGAAAACAGUCAGCGUGGCUCUUGUGAUGUGCCUAAACAUUGGUGUGGAUCCACCAGAUGUGGUCAAGACGCAACCGUGUGCACGACUUGAGUGCUGGCUAGACCCACUGCAGUCACCCCCACAGAAGGCUCUGGAGAGCAUCGGAGCUGCACUGCAGAAACAGUAUGAGCGGUGGCAGUCACGUGCUCGCUACAAGCUCAGCCUUGAUCCCACCGUGGAGGAGGUCAAGAAGCUUUGUUCCUCACUAAGGCGCAACUCCAAGGAGGAUCGUGUCCUCUUCCACUACAAUGGCCAUGGUGUGCCCAAGCCGACCAUCAAUGGUGAAAUCUGGGUCUUCAACAGGACAUACACGCAAUACAUCCCGCUGUCCAUGUAUGACCUGCAGCAGUGGAUGGGUGCGCCGUCCAUUUACGUGUACGACUGCUCUUCUGCGGGUCUCAUCCUCGAGUCGUUCAACAAGUUUGCCAUCCAGCAUGAGCGCGAGUUCGAGAUCUCGCUGGGCAGCGUCAAGGGGCAGGCGCCACCCUGCUACCGGAGCUGCAUCCAGCUCGCUGCUUGCCGCCAGCACCAGGUGCUGCCGAUGAACCCAGAGUUGCCAGCGGACUUGUUCACAUCAUGCCUGACAACGCCCGUGCAAAUGGCUCUCAGGUGGUUUGUGCUGCAGAAGGCAAGCCGGCUAGUGCCCGGUGUGACGCUUGAGCUGCUGGAGCGAGUGCCAGGCCAGCUGCACGACCGGCGCACCAUGCUGGGCGAACUGAACUGGAUCUUUACAGCCAUCACUGACACCAUCGCGUGGAACGUGUUGCCCAAGGCACUGUUCCAACGCCUGUUCCGACAGGACCUGCUGGUUGCGAGCUUGUUUCGCAACUUCCUGCUGGCAGAACGGGUGAUGCGUGCCUACGACUGCCAGCCCGUGUCACAGCCCGCACUGCCGCCGACCUUCCAGCACCCCAUGUGGCAAGCCUGGGACCUGGCACUGGACUUGUGCCUGGCACAGCUGGCACGAGUCCAGCAGGGGCACCCCUUUCAGCACUCGCCCUUUUUCGCCCAGCAGCUGACGGCCUUCCAGGUGUGGCUGACCUUUGGCUCGGAGCAGUCGGCCCCACCCGAACAGUUGCCCAUCGUCCUGCAGGUGCUGCUCAGCCAGAUCCAUAGGGUCCGGGCGCUCGACCUCCUGGGCAGGUUCCUCGACCUGGGGCCCUGGGCUGUCAACUUGGCUCUGUCAGUGGGGAUCUUCCCGUACAUCCUGAAGCUGCUUCAGAGCUGUGCCCGGGACCUUCGGCCACUCCUCGUUUCCAUCUGGGCCAAGAUACUGGCUGUCGACCAGUCGUGUCAAGUGGACCUCGUUCGAGACAAUGGCCAUCGCUACUUCCUUAGUGUCCUGUCAGACCUGUCCAUGCCGCCAGAGCAUCGAACCAUGGCUGCCUUUGUCAUGUCAUGCAUCGUGGCCAACUACCCCAGCGGACAGGAAGCAGCUUUGAAAGGCAAUGUCAUAGCCCUCUGCACGGAGCAGCUGACGGACAACCACCCGCGACUUCGCCAGUGGCUUGCCAUCUGUCUUGGCCGCACUUGGAACGGCUACACGGCUGCUCGUUGGUGCGGCAUCCGGGACAGUGCUCACGAGAAACUUAGUACCCUACUUGCAGACCCUGUGCCAGAGGUGCGAGCUGCUGCGGUGUUUGCACUCGGCACCAUACUCAACUGCCCUGCCAAGCGCACUGACCAUGCCGACACCAUCGACCACAACAUCGGCAUGACCCUCAUCUCAUCAGUGGCCAAUGAUGGCAGCCCAAUGGUCCGCAAGGAGCUGGUGGUGGCAUUGCAGUGGCUUCUCUUCGUGUUCGAGACCCAGUUUGUGGCUGUCGCGUACCAGUACCUCGAGGAAGAGACGUCCAAGGAGGCUGUCCACGCUGCGACCUCGGGUAACCUACUGAGUCCUGCCAGUGCAGAGACCACACCACUUGGCAUGAAGAAGGUGGCAUCGCGAGACCGGCUCAAGCUGUUGCCCAUCACUGGAAACCUGCUGUCGGGUGCCGCCGUGGUGGAGGGUCUGCCAGAGCCCCCGCCCGUGUUACUGGCCCAGCAGCAGCAGCAGCAGGCGCCCGUACAGGAGAAGAUGCGGCGUGUCUCUUCCAGCACGUCCAUCUGCAGCCUCGGCAGCAUCCUGGGCAGCUAUGGUAGCGUCUACAGUCAGGUGUGGCGUGCGCUGGUCACCCUGGGCAACGACCCACACCCCGAGGUGGCUGCCAUGGCCCGCCUGCUGCUCAAGGCCUACCGUGACAAGGCGCAGUCAAGCUUUGAAGCCAAGAAGUGCCGGAAAAGCUCUGUAUGCCACUCGGAGCCAUCAUCGCCUUCGGGAAAGAUCAGCUACCUGUCAAGUGAGUCUCCUCCACCGACCUCUAUGAACCUGAGCCUGCGACCACCGGUGCAGACGCCCACUCGAAGCCACCAGUUCCAGCAUACAGCUCACUUCAGUCGGUCACGCAAGAUCUUCGACCGAGGCCCCGAUGUGCCUGCACCGGUGGCAGAGGAUGACACGGAAGAGCAGCUCAAUGCGCGCAUCUCAUCGCCCCUGGUGACAACAGGCUUUGUGGACUGGUGCUCCCGAUACUUCACCCGUCCACUCAACAAGGUUUCACAGGCCUCCGACUCUGAAAGCAUGGAGCACCAACAGCGGGAGUGGAGGUUUCUGCGUAAUGCACGGAUAAGGGCGGCUGCGCAGGCUGAACGUCGGAAAACCGCAACUGGAGCGCGCCUGGACGAGCAGGUGUUCUACAGCCGGUGCCCCAGCGUUCCUACCUGCCUAGCCUUUCACCCACACGAAGCAGAGCUCUGUGUUGCCAAUAGGGAUUCCUAUAGUCUCUGGGAUGAUCACGGGAACCUUCAGAGCUGCCACAUGAACGAGAAUCCCGCACAGACGCGCAUCACGGCUAUGACCUACCUAAAUGCACAUGAUUUACCACUGCUGCUUCUGGGAUCAGAUGAUGGAGCUGUUCGUGUCUGGCGGAACUACAGCUUGUCCAACCGUGAACUGGUGGCAGCCUUCCAAGCCCUUGGAGACGUUCCGAUGACAGCAAGAGGAUCUGGCAUGGUGCUGGAUUGGGAUCAAGAGACAACAACGCUGAUCACGUCUGGUGAUGUCAAGGUCAUUCGUGUCUGGGAUACCAACCAGGAAAAAAAAGUGCUGGUGAGUUCUUAAGCUUGAGACCUGACUGUGUGCACA